CCACCAUGACCGUCAAAUCCACGCACCUGUUCAGCGCAGCGCUAGUACUGUCGACGCUGCCGUUCGCCUCGUGCAGAACGACCUGUUACUACAACGGCUACCGUUAUGUAUGUAGACGACGUGGUCUACUCGGGGGUGCAAUCGCUGGUAUCGUCGUCGGUAUCAUCGCGUUCGUGUUAAUAUGCCUUCUCCUCUGCCUUCUCAUGCUCCGGAGGAGAAGGCGUCUCAGGAACAACACUGCUUAUGUCCCUCCAGCGGGACCGGCUCCGCCGAUGAGUACGUACCCCAGCGGUCCUGGUUAUGGAGCUGGAUAUCAGCCCCCGCAUGGAACGAAUGGUCCAAUGAUGGGACGUGACAAUGCAGCUGUUCCCCCGCAGAAUCCCCCACCUCCUCAAUACACCAAGCAUGACCCGCCUGCGGGUAUACCGCCGCAGAACGGUGCGGAUGGACAUCAGAAUCAGUACCAGCCCCCUGCUGGCCCUCCGCCAGCUGCCCCUGCUCCCACUCAUGGUCGAAACGGUAGACAGAAGGACAACUUCGACUUCAUUGGCGGCUUCAGAGCCGACGGGCGAGAGAACGUAUAAGCGCCUAAACGCCACGACUCGUUAUGACAUACGGAUUUCCUAGUGACGAACCUCAUACACGCCGGACAUACUUUACUACACCUAUAACGUAUUCCGUCUUUGCUAUAUUUGUACUAAAGUAUCUUGCUACUGAUAAGUGUACCAAUAGUAUAUCGCUGUCAGAUAUCUUGCUUGAACCUCAUCGAGGCAUCUACGGAGCCUGGAGGCCAUAACAUAUCUGGAUUACGUCGAGUCAUCGCUGGAUCAUGACAGGAUGACAGUAUGUACAUACCCAUCCCUGCAAUCGUAAUUCAAG